UUCCCCAGCCCUCCUCCUCCUCCAGCUCCUCCAGCUCCAGCUCCAGCUCCGCGCACAUGCUCCGAGCUCCACGCCGCGCUCCGCGUCUCCUGAGCGGCCUGUGCUCUCCUGCGCUCCCGCUAGCACAGAUGCUCUCAUGGAGCUCGAGUCUCGUUUGCGUCUGAGUCCACCAUGCACUUUAGGAUUUCAAUAAGAUGUACGUGUGUUGUGAGAUAAUCAUUUUGCUUCUCUCCUGCAACUUCUGCGCCCUCGUCUACACUCAGGAUCCGUCCUGCUGCCAUCAUGCUGCAGAGCUCUUUCCUCAGUGUAGAGGAGCCUGUGAACAGCUCGCGACCAUCAGGAGUGAAUCGCGUCUGAAGCACCUUCUCCUGCGUUUGCCCAGUUACUGCCCCGAGUCUCUGAGUGAACUUUGGAUCUGCAUCAACAACACAUUGCCGGGAGCAUCAAAGAAGUCUGACGGAUGGGUGGGUUUGGGCUGCUGUGAGCUGGCCAUCUCCGCUGAAUGCCGCAGGGACUGCAAACAGGCGUCGUCUAAAAAUGACAUCGCUAAAGUAUGCAAGAAAGACACAGAGAAACCACUCUACAGCUGUAUCACCAAAAAUGAAAGUAAGCAAAGCUGCAUGACAAGGUCUUUGGUUAUCAGUCCGUCUCUCAUCGGCUGUGUGGCCAACUACACCAAAUCCUACCCCAUCCGGAGCCCCAUCGACAGUUUGUACUGCUGUGACCGGGCGGAGGAGGCUCACUGUCAGACGGCCUGUAAGCGUAUUCUUCGCACCAUGAGCACCGAGCAGGAGAUCAUGGAGGGUCUGAUCAGUGAGUGUGGCAGUCAGCCACUCCCGCAGGACCCGCUGUGGCAGUGCUUCUUGGGCAGCGCACACCCGCCCACCAUAAGUGACCCCGAAUCACCCCCGAUCGCCAAGAUGGACUACGCCAAACUGCACUGCUGCUUUAAGGCCAACACAUCCCACUGCAGGAACAUGUGCUUGGAGAUCAGCACCAACUGGGGCACUCAGACGUGGCAGGAGUUCGACCAGCAUUGUGAAUACAACCCGGCUGAGAUGGACCUCAUCACCUGCUUGGCCGACGUCAGGGAGCCGUGCCAGUUAGGCUGCAAAGACCUCAGCUACUGCACCAACUUCAACAACAGGCCGACGGAGCUGUUUCGCAGCUGUAACGUUCAGUCAGACCAGGGCGCCAUGAACGACUUCAGACUCUGGUCCAACGGAACCAUCAAGAUGCCCUUCAUGAACAUCCCUGUGCUGGACAUCAGCAGGUGCCAGCCGGAGAUGUGGAAGACUGUGGCCUGUGCGCUGCAGAUCAAACCCUGCUACAGCAAGUCCAGAGGAAGCGUCAUCUGCAGGUCGGACUGUGUGGAUAUCCUGACGCAGUGUGGCGAUGGCAAGCGCUUUCUCGAGGGACAGACGCCCGAGCGCAUCUGUGACCUGCUGUCGGCCACGGACGACCCGGAGCGCUGCAUCCCUCUCCACAGAUACCUCACCCCCAGCCCCUUCCAGAACACCGCUGAAGAAGUCAUCCACCCCUGCAACCCCAGCCCCUGUCCCAGCAGUCACCUGUGUGAAGUCAACAGAAAGGGCUGCCACCCCGGACACGACUGCCUGCCCUACUUCUGCGUCCCCGGCUGCAAGCUGGGGGAAGCGUCGGAGUUCCUGGUGCCGCUGGACAGCCGGAUCCAGGUGCCCACCAGGAGCGGUCAGGUGGGCUGUUACGAGGUGUGCACCUGCGGUCAGAGCGGCCGUCUGCAGAACUGCGCUGAAAUGCCCUGCUUCGACACCAGCAAGACCUGCUUCAUCGGAGGACAGCGCAAGAGUCACGGUGUGUCGUUCCGGGUCGACUGUCAGCCCUGCUCCUGCUUCGCCGGUGAAAGCAUCUGCUCGUCUCGUCAGUGUGUGCGCGCCGACGGCUCGGACGAGGACAGACGGCUCUUCACAGGGCUUCCCUGCGGCUGCGCUGAUCAUUUCGUGCCGGUUUGCGCUCGUAACGGACGCACGUAUCCCAGCGCCUGUGUGGCGCGCUGCGUCGGCUUCAAGGACAACCAGUUUGUGUUCGGCUCCUGCAGAAGCAUCGACCCCUGCUUCCCGAACCCCUGCCAGAGGAGCCAGAGGUGUGUCCCCAGGCGUCAGGUGUGUUUGACGGAGCUGUCAGAAUAUCCCUGUCCUCAGUAUGAGUGUGUUUCCCGUCCGGCCGGCUGUGACCAGAACCAGCUGGAUCCGGUCUGUGAUACAGACAACAUGGAACAUGCCAACCUGUGUCUGCUGUUCCAGCGGAGCAAGAGCCUGGCCUACAUGGGACACUGUCAGGACGCCUGCAGGAAGCCCAGAGAGGUGUGUGGUCAUAACGGGGAGACCUACAGUACGGUGUGUGAAGCGUUCUCGGACCGCGUGGCUGUGGACUAUCAGGGUCGCUGUCAUGCGGUCGGCGUCGUGUCAGAGUUCACGCCAGACUCGGGCUGUAACGCUGUUCCCUGCCCUCCGCUCUCCAGCCGCGCCUGCAACCCCGUCACACCGCCCGGUGCCUGCUGUCCGGUGUGUGCAGGUCUGCUGCAGAUCCUCUGGAAUAAAGUGCAGAUGAACACCUUCUCCAAGCUGAACCGGAAUCAGCCGGUGACGGUUCAUGACAUCCUGAAGAUCUUGCGGCUGCACAUCUCUGUUCCUCAGUGUGAUAUCUUCGGUUAUCUGAGCAUCGACUCUGAGCUCAUCGUCCUCAUCGUGCCUGUCGAUCAGCAGCCCACGCCGCUGCAGAUCGAAGCCUGCAGUAAAGAGGCAGAGAAGAUCGACUCGCUCUUAAACUCGGCCAGCCCGACGCUGGUGUCCCAGGUGCCUCUGUCUGCCUUCCUCCGCUCCGAGCUCCAGCUGUCCACCAUCAGCUCCGCCGCGCUGCCUCCGCUCUCCCUCUCCCUCUGUGUCUUCUCCUCCUCUCUCCUCCUGUCCCUAACAGCUGACCUCUGACCUCUGACCUCCACCGACCAGCACAAUCACACUCCAGACUCUUCUCUCAGUAUGAAGGACUUCCGGAAGGAAACGGAGCUGUGGGAGACUCCCAGCACACACCAGCCUGAGGAAAACCUGUUGUUUUUUUAAAAGUAUGAUAGAUAUAUUGUUUGAAAUAUUUUGUUGUUCCUCUAAUGUCAGUCCGGUUUUUUUUAUUUUUUUAUAAAAAGAGGAACCCAGCCAUGUAAACAAAUAUGACAAUCGUACUGUUUAUCCAUAAAGUGGUAAACACAAUAUGCCUUGCUUAUAAAUUUAUAAAUAUAUAUAUAUAUAUAUAUGU